AUGGAGGUUGAUGACAGAGAAGAAAAUUUAGCUGUUUCAAGGUCUAAUUCAGCUGAUUCUAGAUUUGAUAUGGUGAUUGGUGCUAUUGAAGAUAUUGUAAUGGAUGAGGAAUUUCAGGUGCUACAAAAUAGUUUUCUAGAAAAAUACUUCCAUGAAUUUGACGAUUCAGAAGAAAAUAGAUUUAUUUACACAGAUAUACAUACAGAAUAUGUGAAUCUUGUGGAGAAGUAUCUAAACAACCGACUCCUAGAAAAGAUACCUCAGUUUUCAUUACCUGAAUUCAUGAAUCAAAUGAUAAACCGGAAAAAUGAGUUGGAUGGUGAAAUAUUUGAACUUUUGCUCACCUUCAGUGAUUUUCUCACUUUUAAAGAGAUGAUCCUGGAUUACAAAGCUGAGAAAGAAGGGCGAACAGUUGAUUUAAGUUGUGGUUUUACAGUCACUCCUUUAGGAACACGAGAUAAAAAAGAAAUCAAGUGA